AUGAAUGAAACUUCGGAAGAAAAAAAUGAUAAAAUAAAAUCUACAAAGAAAUAUAAUGUUUACAUUGUAAAAAAUAGUAUUAAACACGAAGAGGAUGGUUAUUCUGCUAUUCAAACUGCUAAGUCACAAUUCUUUGAUUUGGAUUCUUCUAGCAUUUUUACACCAUCAAAUGACUUUAAAAGUGUUUUAAACCCUAAAGAAUUUGUAGACUUAUCAGGUUCUAGCGAAUUUGUUAAAACAUUUGUAAAUAAAAACUUUUCAUUUAGUGAAAAUGUGAAUGACACAAUUUUGGAGCAUAAAAUGCCAUGUGAAGAUGAAAAUAAUGUUUUAUCUGAUAAUGACACCAAUACGACGUUAGAAUAUCUUUCAAACGACCAAAGUACCAUUUUAAAUGCAGUUACGUGUUCAUUGGAAGAUUUUUCAAAUGUUUGUAGCAGCGAAAAUGAUAAAUUUACAAAUGUAGUGCAAGAUGAAUCUACAAAUUUUAUCGAAAAGUUUGCUGACAGUGUUUCUCGCAAAUUUAAAAUCAAGUUAAAUCGCGUUCAGACGAAUAAAGAAAGCACACAUAAUGAAAAUCCUACACAAGAUGAUUCAUUUAAAAUAAAAGAGCGGCGUUAUUUAUUUUAUAAAAGUAUUGUUAGGCGUUUAAAAGAUCAACUUCCUCAGAUAGAUUUUCCUAUUGAAUUGAAAGGAUACGAAUUCGAAAAAGAAGAUAUUUCUAUUCUAACAGGACCCUAUUGGUUAAAUGACAAAGUUGUUAAUUGUUAUAUGGAAUAUCUUAAUGACUAUGACAAAAAGCUUUAUGUGUUUAGUUCGUAUUUCUACACAAGUUUAAGAAGAGGCGGGAUUGAAAAAGUCAAAAAAUAUACUUCAAAUAUAAAUAUAUUUACACACAAUUUAAUUUAUUUUCCUGUACAUUUACACAAUCAUUGGAUUUUUGUGUGCUAUGAUGUUCUAAAAAAACAAUUAGAAUAUAGAGAUUCUUUACUUGGAUACUGUCAAUCGGUUAUGGACAAUAUUUCAGAUUUUCUAAUUUUUGAAUAUAAAAGAUUAUUUAAUAAAGAUUUAAUUGUUAAUAAAAAGUUUAUUGAAGAUAUUCGUACACAAUCUAAUGGAUCUGAUUGUGGUGUCUUUGUACUUAUGUAUGCUAAAAAUAGAUUAAAAAACACAAAUACAUUAAUUUACAGUAACAUGCAAAAAUAUAGAAAUAUAAUUUUAUUUGAAUUAUUUAUUAACAGAAAGAUAUUAUUUAAUGUGUACGACUAA